CAUUGUUUCUCCUCGAGCGGUCUGCUGCCCAUUAGUGCAGUGAGCUCCUGUGUUGACAGACUGAAGGGGACUUUUUUUUUAAUACUAGGAAUUCUUCUCUCCCCAAAAUCAAUUUCCUCCAACAUGACCUCUAAUUCCAAUUUAUCCAACAUGCGUCGGCUGGUAGAACAACUGAAGCUCGAGGCCAGUGUGGAGAGAAUCAAGGUGUCCCAGGCUGCUGCAGAGCUCCAGCAGUACUGUCUGCAGAAUGCAGGCAAAGACGCCCUGCUGGUGGGAGUCCCCACAGGCAGCAACCCCUUCAGAGAGCCACGCUCCUGUGCUGUAGUGUGAAGUGGAAGAAGAAGUGGACACAACUGUGGCAUCUCACUCACAGAAGAAACUAUUUCCAUGUUGUUUGUAACAAUUCUUGUUUAUGCGUUUCAUUUUAAGAAAAGUACAUAAAAGAUUAGCUUUUCCAAUUUAUUUUUCAAAUAAAUGUCUUGUUUUACUACAGCAAUAAAAGGGCAUUA